AUGAACCCCGUUGACAACAAUGUAGGCGUUCAAGCUGAUAUACCUGAACCUGAACAUGAGGAAGAAACUUUGAAACUUAGACCUUUAGAAAGAAUUAAACUCCCUCCGAAAGCUCCCGUUGAAGAGAGUAGUUAUGGUAAAGGAAAGAAUUUCAGCCGACCAUGGAUCCUACAAGACGGACGUGAAGCUCCUGACAAAGGAAGCGAAAUGCGUCGCUGCUAUCAAAUACCGAAAAAACCACACCGCGCGGAAGGUAUUCGUAAAAGAAUGUUGACUGAUUUUUUUUGGGAACAAAUGUUGGACGAAGUUAUCGACGAGUUGGCUACAACUCAGCAAGAUUCGGAUUUUUGCACGGAAUAUGACACUAAUUACAUCAAGGAAAACUUUGAACCUCGUAAUUUGGAAGUUACUGCUGACAAAAAUAUGCAUCUCAAAUUUCCUUUAUACGGUACUGGAUCCAGCGCUAUCACUUUUUACAGCGAAACCAUAAAGAAAACUGGUCCAGGAGAGAUUUUAGAGAAGUUUCGAAGAUGUCAGUAUUUUACUCGUCCUAUGGAAGAGAGAUUGGAUGAUGGCUGGGUUUUGUAG